UACACGAAAAACGGCUGUCAUUUGCAGUCGACACCGUCGUACAUGAAGUAAAAAAGAAGCCGAAAAACAAAAAAAGUUGAAGCCUCAAAAUUUAAUUUGAUUGUGUUAUCUGCACCCUAAUCUCAUCAAAAUGCUGAUCAAAGUUAAGACCCUAACCGGAAAGGAAAUCGAGAUCGAUAUUGAGCCCACGGACAAAGUGGAUCGUAUCAAGGAAAGGGUAGAAGAGAAGGAAGGUAUUCCUCCACAGCAGCAGCGACUCAUCUUUUCCGGCAAGCAAAUGAACGAUGACAAAACGGCACAGGACUACAAAGUGCAAGGGGGUUCCGUGUUGCAUUUAGUAUUGGCACUGCGAGGUGGUGGGCAGUAAACUUGUAGAAUGUCCUUUUCGAUUAUAAGCAGGAAAUGAAAUUGGUUCUUUAAUAGCAACUCGACCGGCAAACUAAUUACCGUACAUUUAAAGCGUUCAUUUUUUCUGAUUGUUUUUCAAACUUAUUUUGCUCCAAAAUGGAAAAAUAAACUCAGUAAUGUUUUCUUUAUUUA